UAUCCUAACUAUGCUUGUAAGAAUAUAUAAACGUGCGUGCUCGGUUCAGGUCUCAGUUGAGUUCAAAAGGCGCGUGUAACAGGAAGACGUCUUACGGACAGGAGUGAACCCGGAGUUAUACCAGGUACCAGUUAGGACACUGCUCUCCACUUCCGACACAACAAGGAUGGGAGGGAACCACAGCUGGCUCACAACACUGGUCGUCCUCAGUCAACUCGUGAUGACAACGACAGCCUGCGCAGGAUGCGUGUGCUUCGCUAAGUUCGCUACGUGUUCUGACAUUAAACACGUGACAACUCUCCCGUCCAAUAUCGAGACACUAGUUGUCAGGGACAUCACAGUGGAAUCACUGCCGAGCUUUGCGUUCAGUCAUCUGAAACAGCUGACCGAACUUGAUAUUCAGUCUUCAUACAUUGGCGUUGUUCGUAAGAAUGCAUUUAGUGACAUUGACAAACUAGACGUGCUGUCGAUAUCGUUCAGUGACAUAUCAGUUGUUGAGAAUGGAGCCUUUUACGGCCUCGGAGGCAUGUCGUCUCUGGAAAUAAGUGAUACCAGACUCGAUAAAAUCGAAAUGGAUUCGUUCUCGGAUAUCACUGAUAUCAGCGAUAUUACCGUGAAAUCAUGCAACAUCUCAGUUAUUGGGAAAAUGGCGUUUCAUAAUGUAUCCACUGUUAACGUUUUUCAGUUUUACGAGAACAAGGUUGACGUUAUUGAAGCUGAUGCGUUUUCAAACUGGAGAAACAUCAGAACUGCCAACGUCAACUCAAAUAGAUUCGAAAGAUUCGAAUGUAUUUCUGACAAAUCGUUCGCAGUUGCCUUUUCAUUCAAUUUCUACAAGAAUUAUCUGACAUGCGAAUGCCAUACAGCUUGGAUUCUUACAUCGCCGUAUCUGAAAGGACAUUUAUUGUCGAACAUGUGUUUUGCCCCGAGAAGUCAAGUAGACUUGAGCAUGUCUUCUGUAACAAGGGCCGAUCUCAGUUGCCCUUUCAACCCAUCGCGAUUACAAAUGGGAUGCCCUUCUGACGCAGCAGUGACGUCACCUCCCGUCGUUAAUGAUACAACUACGUCACGUCACUCACGAAUGACGUCGUCAACCAUGUCUACAACGCCUUCUACAUCUACAACCAACUCGCAAACUGAGACUUCUACAGAAUAUGAGUCAACGUCAACAUCAAAGACUCCAACUAUUGAGACAGAAACGCCAACGGUGGCCGACUUCUCGCAUUCAUCAUUCAUUGCUACAACCACUUCUGGUGGGAACUCCGGAAGUGACGCGCCUUCCUCAACUGACCAAUCAGCAACCAGUGUGUCUCCCAGUUCUUCCGGGCAAUCCUCGAGAGGGACCAACCCACAAGUUCAUGUCCCAACACUGCUGGCUAUUGUCAUGUCACUCUGUACUAUCAUAGUAUAGACACAUCCUGCAUGGGAUAGACCGACAACGUCAGAGACAUUUGCAUGGAGAACAUUGUAUAUUUUGGACAGUACAUAUAGUGAUCAGCCCAAUAUAUACACAGAACAAGGACCAAGCCAUACCACAUUUAAUAUACAGAUGUGAAUGGACUCAUAUGUCAUACGUUUCGACCAGUUACCACGCUUUGAGCCAUGAACAAUGAAAAGAAGUGUUCCUCGUCAGAAUCUUUUUGGUUUUAUUUUUGUUUGCUCUAUUGUCACAUUUCAUCCACGUGUUUGAAAUGACCGUGUGAUGAUGCGAAACACCUAGAAAGGAUCAUGCUCUUACAUGGAAACAAUAUCGGUAGUUUGUGAUGGUGAUAUAUGAGACAGGAGUGUAUUGUAUAUACUGAAUAUGCCGAUGUGAUGUCAUGUGAACCAACAAAUUAAACUUGGCUCAUGUAUUUUUUUAUGUAAAUAGUUAGCUCCUUAUUUAUCAGGUUUUGUAAAAUGUUUUUGAGAAAUAAACAUGUUAUUUUUAUACUA